AUGUAUAUAUGUGCCUCCUUUGAUAUUUAUAUAUAGUACAUUUAGUUUAUAAGUGCUAGUACUACGUCGAACUUAACGAAAAGAGGUUCUACAAUAUUUCAUAUGGCUACUGGAUUAAUGAAAACAAUGUUAAAGGAAAUUAUAUGACAGAUUCGUUCAUAAGAAAGUUUCGAUGUGUUUUCCGCGAGCAGAUGUUACAAAUGUUGAAUUAAACGCACACCGCUAUUGAUCCCUAAUCCUCUAAAAAAACGUUCUCGUUAAUUCCAAGAGGUUAAUUAUAACAUACGUUUCUCUCGGCUUUCUUUUUACAGUUGUGUGUAGAAAUGCAUUGUGGGAUUCAAUUCGCUUGACGUGAAUGUGUUGUUAUGAAUGAACUUGGAUUAUAACUCGGAUUAACCGGCUUAACGUAACGCGAUAAGAAAACAAGUGUGAUCAUGGGCAUAAAGUGUAAAAGUGUACUAAGUGACGUUGGAUAAUACUGUUGUCACCGUCUCCAAAAGGGGGCGCUAGGGGGCUACACAUCGACAAAACUCGCAGGGAUCUUUUAAUCAUGCAAUUUCAAGAAUCUUUACAUCAGCUUAUUUCCUUAGGCACUGUACUAACGGCGAUUGUUCCGAGCAUUGUAUGGGCCGGAUUUGGGCCGAUCUCUCGUACCACAAAGGGCAAGAUCGAGGGAGUACGGGUCAAUGUUCAUGGAACUGAAGUGGAUAUUUACUGGGGAAUACCUUUUGCAAAGCCACCUGUAGGGGAUUUACGGUUUAAGCACCCUAUUCCUCCAGACUCAUGGAACGGUGUUCGAGAUGCAACGAGAAAACCGGCAGCAUGCUGGCAAGGAGAGGAUAACGCAUUCCCAGGCCAUGAAGGAGCAAAAGUUUGGAAUCCAAAUACGAACUGCAGUGAGGAUUGUUUGUAUUUAAAUGUGUGGGUGCCAAGAACUGAUUCGUCGGUUAUAAGUAAACCGGUUAUGAUAUGGAUAUUUGGCGGCGGAUUUUAUUCCGGAUCGUCAGUUCUUGACAUAUAUGACGGAAGAUAUAUAGCUGCCGAAAAUGACAUCAUUGUUGUUUCUAUGCAGUACAGGGUAGGAGCUCUGGGAUAUUUCUCUCUUUUUCAUCCGGAGGCCCCGGGCAAUGCUGGUAUGAUGGAUCAAGUUAUGGCUCUUGAUUGGGUCCAAUCAAAUAUUCAUUAUUUUGGAGGUAACGCGCAUUCAGUGACAUUAUUUGGAGAGAGUGCCGGCGCUGUCAGCGUGGGAAUGCAUAUGCUGUCCCCAUUGAGCCAUGCUAAAUUUCAUAGGGUAAUUUUACAAAGUGGGGCGCCCCAAGCAGCAUGGGCUACCCUUUCAGAAAAGGAGGCUAAAAAUAGAUCACAUAUAUUUGCCAAAGCGUUCCAGUGUGAGUAUCCGGAAAAUACCGACAUUGUUAAUUGUUUACGAGGUGUCUCUCCCGAGAAGUUGUUGCCUGUGGAAUGGGACACUGUUGUAUACGGUGUUGUAAGAUUCCCUUUUGUGCCUAUAAUUGAUGGGACUUUUUUAAUAGAGGAUCCUGAACAGUCGUUAAUUAAAGGCAACUUUAAGAAAUGUCCAGUUUUGUUAGGACAUAAUACAAACGAGGCAAGUUUCUGGCUUUUAUACUCUCAUGAUAUUUUUUCUCUCUAUCAAUCGCCUCAAGUUAGUCAAAAUCAUUUUGACCUUCUAAUUGAUGACAUAUUUUCUUAUCACCCAUAUUAUCCGAGACUCUUAAACUCUUUUGGAAAGGAGGCGAUAAAAUUUCAAUACCGGAACUGGGUAAAUCCGGACGAUCAGAAAAUGAAUGCUUGGCAACUUGAUAUGGCUGUAGGGGAUUUUAAUUUCAUAUGUCCUUGUGUUGAUUUUGCGAUACAUGCAGCAUCUGCUGGUAGUAACGUGUACUAUUAUGUGUUUGAUCACCGAUCAACUAGGCAUCACUGGCCAGAAUGGGCCGGUGUGUUACAUGCCGAUGAGAUAAAUUUUGUGUUCGGAGAACCAACGAACAGAACAUUUGGAUAUACUGAUGAAGAGAAAAUAUUCUCUAGGAAAAUAAUGCGAUACUGGACCAAUUUUGCUAAAACUGGAGACCCUAACCGGUCGCCGGGCUCCGUCUUCUUGGAUGAGUGGCCUGUAUUUAACAAUGUGAGCCGUAAACAUAUUAUACUUAGACCAGACCUCAUCAACCGUCUUGAUAAAUCUAAGGCAAUAGGGCAGGGAUCAAGAGCGAAGGAGUGCUCUUUCUGGAAGGACUAUCUACCAAACCUUGUUGUUAGGACAGAGGAUCUUAAUAAAGAGUGUGAGGAAGAGGAGGAUGACGUCAUUUCCGGAACAAAUCAAGUCCGACCUUACUUAGUGACGGUGAUGGCAGUUUUGUAUAUGGCAGCAUCCUGGCAUUAAACAUUGGCAUUAUAGGCGACAUUAUGUUUAAUUUAUAUCUAAUGAACGGUGGUUCUCAGAUCACUUUGGUGCAAAUGUUAUAACGUGAGAUUGUAACGUUAUUGGCAAUUGUGUAAGAAAGAUAUUUUGUCGUAUGAGCGUGUCCGGUUAAUAGGUCAAGAAAUAUGGUAUAUAGCUUCAAGAGCAUUUAAGUCUACAGGUUUUGCCAUGAAGUGAGUAUUAUAAUUCGUUAUUCCCAUUGGAAAAUUACUUGCUUUCUACGGCGGAUCAGUUUCAGAAAAUGGAUGCAUCGUAUCCAAUGACAGUGUGUUUAAUUUGUUUACAUCCUGUUACAACAACAGACACGUUUGUAACGACGAUUUUCAUUGGAUAAUCAUUGGAUAACCGUGACGACACAUGGCAACUGUGGAAUUAAGAAUUAUUUUCUUUUUUCUGACCAUUCAGUGUCAAAAAUAUGUUUUAAAGAUUUUCAUGGUUAUAUGGCUGUAUAUUAACGAUUUGUUUGUUAUGUAAGCGUUUUCCUUAUGUUUUAGGUUAUAUUAUCUAACGACCGUUUAAUAUUGGCCAUAUUACCUUUAUAAAUAAAACACUUAUAACUUAUAAUAAUUUAUAACAGCAAAUAAAUCUCUUUAUUUUUAUUAAUACUCACAUUUUGAAAUUUUGGGAAAAAACUGAUCAAUACAUUUACACUUUAAUAGUUGAUCGUUUUGUGCUUUUAUGUCCAAAAGAUAUAAUCUAGAUAUUACUUCGUCGUUCUAGCAUUUGUUAAUUAACUUGUACAUUUGUUUAUUAAAUUGUACAUUUGUUUUGGUAUGUUUAUAUUAGUAAAAUGUUAAUGUGUAAAUAUGUUGCAAGAAAUGUUUGUUUUUAUAUAUUCUUAAGUUUCAGUUGAUUGCAAUAGGGUUUAUUUUAGAUUGUAUUUUUCAUACAUAUUUGUAAAUUAUCUAAAGUUAGUAAAUAUUAAUCUUUAGUAUACAGUAAGUUGUUUGAAUUGUUGGACAGUGGGCUUACAUGUUUUGGUAAUGGAAGUUAUCACUUUGUUUUUAUGUGAGUAUAUCAAGCAUUGGUAAUGUGCAAGAAAUUACAGUACACCUUCAAAAGCUUCUUCUUAAUCAGGACUGGUCCAUUGCCCAGUCGAAAUGAAUGUAUAAUGCAUUCCUUUGUUUGUAUAGUAGUACAUUUCUAAUACGUUUCAGUAAUCGAAAAAGAAUUAACUUAUAAAAAUGUGUUGUACUACAUUACGAGGUGGAGGAGUUUUCAUGACGUCAUUUAUGGUAUCUACGUCACAUCUUGCGUCAUAAAACGUCCUUGCAUUCCAAUUUAUGUCAUGUAUAUAUCGAGUAAAAAUAAGUUCUACAUGGCCGUGUAGAUUAAUUUUGAUAGGAAAAGAAAUGUGAGACGUGUUAGGAAAUCAUUUUUCCCACCACAUUUUAUCUGAUUGAAGGGCAUAGCUAAUGAAGGUAAAUAUAUAUUUAGAAAUAACGACAUUACAUUCCAAAAAUUGUUUCAUACAUUCAUACAUACAUUAAUCGCCAACACUGUUUUCUAUGUCUUUUUGCACAAUUUUGUCUAAAAAAUUAGGCAUCAUGUUUUAAAAUCUCUCAUCUUUAAACAUGUUUAUAUAUAAAGUGUUUUUUGACUCACUAGAACUGUGACUCAUUCUUUUGGUGUUUUUAUUUGAUUGUUAGAUAUGAACCUACUUAUGCACUCAAUAACAAAUUAACACACUUCAAAAAGCAUGCACUUAUUUUCAUAUCGUCAUCUUUAAGUAGAAAGACAUCGUGUUCAUUCCAGAUGAUACAUUUACUAGCUUAUAAUCAAUAUGUAAACAUUUUUUUCAUCUUAUCUUUUUAUUGCAAUCCUUACAUGUUAUUGUAUUAACUUAUGGUAUAGAUCUAGCAUAACUUGGGGCCAAACCAAUGAAUUUUUCCAUCGUUUUCUUUAUUCGCCAAAAACAAUAUAGCCUAUUAAAAAAGUUAGAUUUAUAAAGAAAAAUCUGUAACAUUAUUGUUUCUUAAGCAUGAAACGGUUGAUGGUGUUCUGGCGUUUUUGAACACUGCACCCAUUGCGCUCGUGCAUUUUUAAUAUCUUUUCUCCUUUCUAGUAUUAAGGCAAAGAUAUGUUACAGCUAAGAACUACCUUGAUAUUAUUGAAUUUUAACAAUGUAACACUUUUGGUGGUAUAUAUAUAUAGCCCUGUGUAACAAUUACGUACAUCUUUGGUUGUUUUAAGAUUUUUAAAGGUCAUACAAUAACGUUUUUUUGUUAACACAGUGUAUCUUCGGCAAUUAUCUUAUUUGUGUAAUCCAAACUGUUUUUUAAAUAUUAAUAUAUUUUACAUUUCAACUGAUGUAGUAUUUAUACACUUGGUAUAAAAUGUCUUUAGAUGAAAAUUUGUUAAAUCGACAUUCUAAUGGUUGAGCUUGGCAUUAAAAUGUGUAUCACCAAAAUUAAUGUAUUAUAAAUUUACAUAUAUGCAAGAUUUUCUUUUUCUUUAUGUGCACGGUUUUUACAGUCAUAAUCUAUCAUGGCCUAUUAACAAUGUUAUGAAAUAAAAUACUACAUGUACAUUUUAGUGGGCCAGUGAGGAAAAUUAUUUACAAUACCUUAUAUAAUAAGACCAUCUAAGACAAGGUUACUAACAUUUCUUGUUUACAAUUCUUGAAUAUUUUCAGGUAAAGGCACAUGCAUUCUUUUACUUGUGGACCAUUUGCCACUGUUUAUGGAAUGGCACAAACGUGUCACAUAGUGAGUUCUAUGAUAAUCACCGUAUGACCUCAUCAGCGGUUGUUUCUAAAUUCAAAACUUCACUAUAACAUAUUUAAAGGUUAGUUCUGCUUAAGCCGGUGCUAAGGGGCAUGGAUGGUGGCUUUUCUUUAUCACUACCGUCCAUGAACGGACCUGUAACAUUUUUUUUUCAAAUUUGCCGUUUUGGGCGUUUUUAAUUAUACCGUUUUUCACUUUUUAAUAUUCACCCAUUUUUCAAAAUAUUUUUUUCACCUUUUUAUUACCAGGGCAAUGAUAUAUUACAGAUAAAAAAAAACACUUUUAACUAUUUUACACUAUAGUAACAUAAAUUGAACAUUAUGUAUCAUUUUAGCAAGAAUACAUGCCAAGUAAGUUGGAAGUAAAUUUGGAAUUUCACGUUCCCACCUUUCAUCUUUUUAUUGUCUUGUAUCUUAAUUUUGUUUUAUUUUAAACAGGCAAAGACCACACUGAUAUAUUGAUUUAAGUUUAUUUCAAAUUUCCAAAAGUUAAGAGGGACCAGACGUAUAUAACUAAAAGGAUGUUCGCUGUUUCUAUGUAAAUGAAUUAGACUUGCUUUAAAUUUGACUUCUUGCAUUGGUUAGUUCAGGGAUAUGAAGCUUGAAUUACUGAAUUGUGUAGGCAGCAUUAAAAAAGUAUUGCAAGACUGUACAGAUGAGUGGGUCUGAUUUGGUCUACAUUUUUUGUCAAUGAAUGGGUAGAUCUUGUAUUCUGCUAACAAUGGUAUGCCAAUAGGCUGAUCAACGUAAAUACAGUGCUGAAUUUGAUCAACGUGAAUAAGCUUUUUGUGUGUUCGGUUGGUCAACAAGAAAACGAUAUUAAUACACUUGUUACUAUAUAUAGUAACAAAAUUGCCCAUGAUGAGUGUCACGUGACCUGAGUUUGCGGCCCGGGGCCGAGAACUAGUUAUCAGCCCGCAGAACUAAUGUAGGUGCACAAACUGAAACAAUGACGUCAGAUUUCACGUCUUCAAACAUUUAAAGUAGGUUUUUAGCACGAAUCGCUUGAUUUUAAUAUGAGAGCUUACACAGUUUUUUUAACUAUUGAAAUUUAAAAAAAUAAUACGACAAAUUCAUUCCGAAAAAAAAAUGAAAAUAAUACUUGCUUCUAGAUUCUAGUGUACUUUGUACACAUAAAAAGUAAACAACUCUGAAGAAGUAAAGUUCUGUACAGUACAGUAGAAGUACAGACGAAAGAAAUAUCAAAGUAUUUUUU